AUGUUGCCCCUACCCGUUCAAGCAUCCCCGAGGUUUCCCAUGCGGGCCCUCCUCAGCCACUGCCUCUACCGGCGGGUCAUGAUAUGGGCUAUCACCGUCACAGUACUAUUGUGUUUGGUGCUGUUCUCGAGUGGUGUGCAGACCCGGCAUGGAAGGAUCUUGGAUUUGGUAGACUUCAGGAAAGGCAGCCAUUCCGAGACCCCUAAGACCGGCCUCGGCACAGCACCUGCCACCAUCGAGCAGCAACUGACCAUCGAGAAGCCCAAAGAGGAAGGCAAAAAGGAAGAAGGGAAAAAGGAUGAUGACAACGGCCGGGACCCUCUCCACUGGCUCGAGUACAAGCAUAUGGACGGCUAUUUCAAUGGCAUCAAGUCCCUCGUGCCUCUGAAGGACUACGUCCCUGAGUUCCCAGCCAAGCCGGACACCCCGCCAGUCAUCACCGUUUCCCUGAGCACCGCCCUACCGACCCCCACCCUCUACGCACCACAACCCGACUACCAGUCAACCGAGUAUAAGCAGAAGCAUCACCCUGUGCAGACAUGCUACCUCGACGAGGAGCAAACCAUCCCACCCCCGGACUUGUACGUUUAUGACGGACUUCCGCAGGGCGUAGCAAGGCCUGCCUUGGGAUCAUACGAGCUUCUAGGUAUCCGAGAUGACAUCUGCUACGAUCGAUUCGGCCGGUAUGGACCCUACGGUCUAGGUUACAGCCUUAAGGAUGGCGGUGUCGGCGAGGGUAUGGAUACCGAGAGCGAAGGCAGCGAGCACGUGUGGAACAAGACCGGAAAGAUCGACUACCACAACAUGAACUGGGGAAAGCUCCAGAAGCGUUGUGUCGAGAAGAACCGCGCCAGAUUUGUGGAACCCGAGGACAGGGAAGUCGAGCGCAACGACAGCGAGAAGGAUGCCCAGUCACGUCUCGGCAACGAUUCAAAGCAAAAGAUCGGACGUAUCGCGAUUGUCAUUCGAACGUAUGUUGGUUUCCAGUGGACACAUCUUGCCAUUCUUAACUUCCGCGCCAUGAUCUCCGAACUGUCCCUGCGGUCAGGCGGAGAGUACGACGCGCACUUCCUCCUCCACGUCAAGGACAAGGAACAACCGAUCUGGGCGGACGCGGAAACCGUCCAGAAGAUACUUGACUCAAACAUGCCACCAGAGUUCCACUCCAUUACUUCUCUGUGGUCUGAGCCGCAGAUGAAGUUGCUAUAUCCUGGGCACUUUGGAGACGCAUUCGAGAACCCAUCGAACGGAGAUGUCCACGGUGUUUACCGUUCUGCGCACAUGCCACUGCAGCAUUUUGCGAUGAUGCAUCCCGAGUACGAACAUUUCUGGAACUGGGAGAUGGACAUGCGCUAUGUGGGGAAUUACUACGAAUUGUUCGACCGGCUGGGGUCCUGGGCCAAGAAGCAGAGCCGUGUCGAACUCUGGGAGCGCUCACAAAAGUACUACAUUCCUGAGUACCACGGCAGCUGGUCCAACUUCACAGAGGUCGUUCACGAGGAGACUGAGGCUUCUGGCCGUCAAACAAUCUUCGGUCCCGUCAUUUUCCCCGGUCGCCAGGGUCUGCGUGCCCAGGAGCGGGGAUUCAGUUUCAUGCCUGACACAUGUGCCAAAGGCGGAAACACCACCGAAUGCGGAAUAGGUGAGGAGGCCGAUCUGAUCACACUGAACCCUAUAUUCGAUACCGACGAGUCCGGCUGGGUGUUUGCGAAAGAUGUCUCUGGAUACGACCGCAGUAUGCCUGUUCCGCCUCGGCGUUGCGCAAUUGUCACAGCCUCCCGGUUGUCCAGACGCCUUCUCCAGGUCAUGCACGAAGAGACAUGGCGUCUGCACCACAGCAUGUUUUCUGAGAUGUUCCCUGCCUCGAUGGCAUUGCACCACGGAAUGAAAGCUGUAUACGCGCCGCAUCCUGUUCUUAUUGACAGGAAAUGGGACAUUGAGAGAGUCGACUGGGCCUUCAACGGAGGCCGUGAUCACAGCACCAGCGGCCGCGGUUCUCCAUACGACCUCGACAACGAGCACAACCACGCAGGCACUAGUUGUACGACGGACGCGGCGACAACGGUGGACGAGCAGGAGAGGGGACCUUACGCGGCGGAAAGGCAGAAGAAAGCCGCCCGGACAGCACGGGCCGCCUGUGUCUGA